CUUUAAUUGACAAUACUUCCUACGUGCGAGCCAAAAGCGCGUUCCGUCACGCGUCAGUCAGUGGGGAAUCCAUUUUUAUUUGAAAUGCAUUGACUUAGUUAUGCCUAGGAAUAUCAAUGACACUACCUAGAUGAUACUAGAUGAUACUACAUCAUAUAUGCAGUCCUCCAAGUCAAAUUGAUAACUAGCACAGGAGCAUCAUAAGCACAGCAUCAUAAGCACAAUCGAGAUUCUGACCAUGGCGAGCUUCUUCGAUCUCAAGGCGCGCAAAGCAGCGGCAGCAAACGGCGCAUCAGCGUUAAAACAAGAAGACUCAAAGCAGAAUACCAGAAAACAGCCAUGGGUAGAAAAAUACCGACCCAAGACUCUUAGUGAUGUCACCGCCCAAGACCACACCGUCAACGUCCUACAACGGACUCUCCAAGCCUCUAAUUUACCUCAUAUGCUGUUCUAUGGCCCACCCGGUACGGGCAAGACCUCCACGAUUCUCGCGCUCGCAAAAGAGCUAUACGGUCCGGAAAUGAUUAAAUCACGUGUGCUCGAACUCAAUGCCUCCGACGAACGUGGCAUAUCCAUCGUACGAGAGAAAGUGAAGGAUUUCGCACGUAUGCAGUUGACGAACCCACCCGCCGGCUACAGGAGCCGUUACCCCUGCCCUCCUUUCAAGAUCAUCAUCCUCGACGAAGCCGACAGCAUGACGCAGGAUGCCCAGAGCGCUCUCCGACGAACGAUGGAAACGUAUAGCAAGAUCACCCGCUUCUGUCUGAUUUGCAACUACGUUACCAGAAUCAUCGACCCCUUAGCUAGUCGAUGCAGCAAGUUUAGGUUCAAGAGCUUAGACCAGAGCAAUGCGAAGAAGCGGCUGGAGGAGAUCUCCGAAAAAGAAGGUGUUACUCUUGAGGACGGUGCUGUGGAUGCCCUCAUUAAGUGUAGCGAGGGUGAUUUGAGAAAAGCCAUCACGUUUCUACAGAGUGCAGCGAGAUUGGUGGGCGCCAUUGAGAAGGAAGGCGAUGAAGAUAAGAUGGACGUGGAUGGAGACCCGAACAUCGUGACGGUCAAGAUCAUAGAAGAGAUCGCCGGUGUGAUUCCCGACCAAACGAUCGAGAGACUGCAAAAGGCAAUGCAGCCCAGGUCCGCGGGUGCGACGUAUCAAGCCAUCGCAAAGGUCGUGGAGGAGAUGGUUGCGGAUGGGUGGAGUGCUGGGCAGGUGCUUUCACAAUUAUACCACGCAGUCAUCCAAGACGAGAUGAUCCCGGACGUGGCGAAGAAUAAGAUCACGUUGGUCUUUUCGGAGAUCGAUAAGCGACUAGUAGACGGCGCGGACGAGCACCUGUCGAUAUUGGAUUUGUCGCUGAGGAUAUCAAACAUAUUGGCUGGGAAAAGUUAGCUGUAACCCCUUGAAGGUGGUCUUUAGUCAUUCCGAUAGGAAUGGAAUGCAAUACAGUAAAUAAAUGAAUAUAUCAUGGGUUUAUCAUGGUGUUGGGGUCGGUAAAAAAAAACUUGGAUGUGCUGUGUGUGCUA